GACCCCCAAAGUGCCGGGAACAAGCCGUGUCUGCCAGCGGAACGCUGCAGCUGCUGCCGGAGAAACCCCCACAGCGGUGGGCAAGGGUCGAAUGGAAACUGAUGCUGGAGGCAGAAAAGCGGCACCGGAUCCUGACGGCUGAGAAGAAUAAAGAUGUCUCAUACUCCAAGGGUCGUUUUUCUGGGAGAGCUGUUUUCCAGCAGGAGACCCUCUCCCUGCGGAUCAGCCCGGUUAGCAUGGAAGACAGUGGGGUCUAUGAGGCAGACUUUGAGCACACAUCAGGCAAUAUUACUGCCAUGUGCUUCCACGUGUCGGUGUGGGAGCCCAUCCACCUGCCGCACGUGGAGACGAGCAUCCUGCGCUGGGAGCAGGACUGGUGCAACCUCUCGCUGGUCUGCACCGUGCCCGGCGCCGGCAAGGUCUCCUACGCCUGGUCCUGCACCGGGGAUCCCCUGGGAGCCCUGGAGCACCAGCCCUGGCUGCACCGGCAGGUCGAUGGCGAUGCCGACCCCACCGUCUGCCGCUGCAACGCGAGUAACCCGGUGAGCUGGAACACGUCCAGCACCGACAUUGCGGCAGCCUGCCGCGCCGUGGCCUCAGGAAACAGCUUUCCACUGUGGGCAGUGGCUGUUGUGUUCCUGGGGCUGGCACUGGCCCUCUCCGUAGCCCUCGUCGUGUGCUACUGGCAGAGGAAGCGAGGAAAGGACCCCCCGGGAGGAAACCUCGAGCAGCAGAUACUGACCAUCUAUGAGGAGGUGGGCAAAGCCCGAACUGGCCAAGACCCCAACAGGACCAGUGAGGCCACCGUGGCAGGAAACACCGUCUACGCCGUCAUCUGCCCCAAAACGCAGGAGGGGCCCAGCCACCCUAAGGAGCCUGAAGGCUGCACCAUCUACGCCACAGUUCAGCCCACCAGGAAGCCGGGUGCUGGGCUCACCAUUCUGCUCAUGCAUUGCCUAACGGCAGGUUCUUGCUCUGCUCCACAGUCGCCUUCUCUCAGGAGGAAGAGGCUGGACCCAGCUUUGACCUCCACUGCCUACGUAGAAGUAACAGGCACCGAACUG